CGGGCGGAAAAGAGAGGCCUUGGAGCUGUCCCUAGGAGGGCUCCGAGGCUCCGUAGGGUAUCAGGCCCAGGGCCUUGCCGCUACCAUGACUGAAGAGUCAGAGGAAACAGUCCUGUACAUUGAGCACCGCUAUGUCUGCUCUGAGUGCAACCAACUGUAUGGAUCCCUGGAGGAGGUGCUCAUGCACCAGAACUCCCACGUGCCCCAGCAGCACUUUGAGCUGGUGGGCGUGGCUGAUCCUGGAGUCACUGUGGCCACAGAGGCAGCUUCUGGCACUGGCCUCUAUCAGACCCUAGUUCAGGAGAGCCAGUACCAGUGCCUGGAAUGUGGUCAGCUGCUGAUGUCUCCUAGCCAACUCCUGGAGCACCAGGAGCUGCACCUGAAGAUGAUGGCACCCCAGGAGGCAGUGCCAGCUGAGCCACCACCCAAGGCACCAUCCCUGAGCUCCAGUACCAUCCACUAUGAGUGUGUGGAUUGCAAGGCUCUCUUUGCCAGCCAGGAACUCUGGCUGAACCACCGGCAGACUCAUCUCCGGGCCACACCCACCAAGGCUCCUGCCCCAGUUGUCCUUGGGUCCCCAGUUGUCCUAGGGCCUCCUGUGGGCCAGGCCCGAGUGGCUGUGGAGCACUCGUACCGAAAGGCAGAAGAGGGUGGGGAAGGGGCGGCUGUCCCAUCUGCAGCUGCCACCACCACCGAGGUAGUGACUGAGGUGGAACUGCUCCUCUAUAAGUGCUCUGAGUGCUCUCAGCUGUUCCAGCUGCCAGCUGACUUUCUGGAGCACCAGGCCACUCACUUCCCUGCUUCUGCCCCAGAGGCUGAGGAACCUGCCUCACAGCAGGAGACACUGACCUCAUCACCCACAGAGCUGCCUGUAUCUCAGCCUGACCCCCUGCCAGCUUCUGACCACAGUUACGAGCUACGCAAUGGUGAAGCCAUUGGGCGCGAUCGCCGGGGACGCAAAGCCCGGAGAAGCAACAGUGGAGAGCCAGGCGGAGCAGCCACACAGGAGCUUUUUUGCUCAGCCUGUGACCAGCUCUUUCUCUCACCCCACCAGCUACAACAGCACCUGCGAAGUCACCGGGAGGGUGUCUUUAAGUGCCCCCUGUGCAGUCGUGUCUUCCCCAGCCCUUCCAGUCUGGACCAGCACCUUGGAGACCACAGCAGCGAGUCACACUUUCUGUGUGUAGACUGUGGCCUGGCCUUUGGCACAGAGGCCCUCCUCCUGGCCCACCGGCGGGCCCACACCCCAAAUCCUCUGCAUUCAUGUCCAUGUGGAAAGACCUUUGUUAACCUUACCAAGUUCCUUUAUCACCGGCGUACCCAUGGGGUAGGGGGUGUCCCUCUGCCUACGACACCAGUUCCACCAGAGGAGCCUGUCAUUGGUUUCCCUGAGCCAGCCCCAGCAGAGACUGGAGAACCAGAGGCUCCUGAGCCCCCUGUGUCCGAGGAAACCUCGGCAGGGCCUGCUACUCCAGGCACCUACCGCUGCCUCCUGUGCAGUCGUGAAUUUGGCAAGGCAUUGCAGCUGACCCGGCACCAGCGUUUUGUGCACCGGCUGGAGCGGCGCCAUAAAUGCAGCAUUUGUGGUAAGAUGUUCAAGAAGAAGUCUCACGUGCGUAACCAUCUGCGCACACACACGGGUGAACGGCCCUUCCCCUGUCCUGACUGCUCCAAGCCCUUCAACUCACCUGCCAACCUGGCCCGCCACCGGCUCACACACACAGGAGAGCGACCCUACAGGUGUGGGGACUGUGGCAAGGCUUUCACGCAAAGCUCCACUCUGAGGCAGCACCGCCUAGUACAUGCUCAGCACUUUCCCUACCGCUGCCAGGAAUGCGGGGUGCGUUUCCACCGCCCGUACCGCCUGCUUAUGCAUCGCUACCACCACACAGGUGAGUACCCCUACAAGUGUCGAGAGUGUCCCCGCUCCUUCUUGCUGCGCCGGCUGCUGGAAGUACACCAACUUGUGGUCCAUGCUGGGCGCCAGCCCCACCGCUGCCCAUCCUGUGGGGCUGCCUUCCCCUCCUCACUGCGACUCCGCGAGCACCGCUGUGCAGCUGCUGCUGCCCAGGCCCCACGGCGCUUCGAGUGUGGCACCUGUGGCAAGAAAGUGGGCUCAGCUGCUCGACUGCAGGCCCACGAGGCUGCCCAUGCAGCUGCUGGGCCUGGAGAGGUCCUGGCUAAGGAGCCCCCAGCCCCUCGGGCCCCGCGGGCCACUCGCACACCAGUUGCCUCACCAACGGCCCUUGGAGGCACUGCCACAACAGCCCCUGCGGCCCCUGCCCGACGCCGGGGCCUGGAGUGCAGUGAGUGUAAGAAGCUGUUCAGCACAGAGACAUCACUGCAGGUACACCGGCGCAUCCACACAGGUGAGCGGCCAUAUCCAUGUCCAGACUGUGGCAAAGCCUUCCGUCAGAGUACCCAUCUGAAAGACCACCGGCGCCUGCACACAGGUGAGCGGCCCUUUGCCUGUGAAGUAUGUGGCAAGGCAUUUGCCAUCUCCAUGCGCCUAGCAGAACAUCGCCGCAUCCACACAGGUGAACGGCCCUACUCCUGCCCUGACUGUGGCAAGAGCUACCGUUCUUUCUCCAACCUCUGGAAGCACCGCAAGACCCAUCAGCAGCAGCACCAGGCAGCUGUACGACAGCAGCUGGCAGAGGCAGAGGCUGCCGUUGGCCUGGCUGUGAUGGAGACUGCAGUGGAGGCGCUGCCCUUGGUGGAGGCCAUUGAGAUCUACCCUCUGGCUGAGGCUGAGGGAGUCCAGAUCAGUGGCUGACUCUGCCCCGUUUCCCUCUUCAGCACCAUCAUGCACUGUUGCUGAAGGCCCUCCUCUAGCAUCCCCUUAACCCUCUGGACUUAAUGUACCCCUUCUUCCCACCCCUACUGCCAUGUAUGUUCUGUUAUUGGAUUUAUUCUCUUCUGGGGGGGUUUCUGGGGUUCUUGAUAUGCAUAAAGGUGCCCCCACCCAGCUUUCCACCUGUUAGUACUGGUGACCCCAAAAGUGAAACCAUCAAUAAAGACUGAGUUGUACACUUA